AUGUUAGGGUUCACAUUUGGGACCACAAGCGAAGCGAAGAAGAAGAACUUUGUCAAAGAAGACAAAGACAUGGAUGGCAACGGUAGAGACAUUGGCAAUUUGACUCAGAUGGGUCGUACAGAAUAUGGACGGAAAUUCACUGACAUAGAUGAAGAUUUUUUUCAAAUUAAGAAUGAUGGUGAUGCUUAUGAUUUCUCUGCUUAUGCUUGCGCUAUGGAGGGUCCAAUAAUAGUUGGUUUGUUACCUUGUCCCAAUAAGAGGAAAUUGGAAGAUGAAGAUUAUGUUAGUGAAGAGCUAGACAACUCAGAUUCAGAUAACUCUGAAGAUGAAAAAAGGUCUAAGUUUGAGAAGUUUAGGAAAGAACGAUUUAAUAAGAAUUUUAAGUUUAAGUGGGGUAUGCAGUUCAAUUUCCUAGAUGACUUUAGGGAGACCAUUCGUGAGUGGACAAUUUUAAAUGGAAGGGAAAUAGCUUUUAUGAAAAAUGAGGGGUACAAGAGGGUGGACCAAGGCGUCGACACGGAGGCUUCAUCCGGCGGUUUGAAGUUGCAGGCUGGUGCGGUGUUCUUCGGAGAUGGAGUACGGCUGCGGGGCCUUGAAUCGACGGUAAUGUUGAUUCAUGGUGGAGCGGACGGUAGCUGGAGAUUUGUUUCCUCUCUUUCCUUACUAAGAAGGCGAAGUCUUGUGCAAAUGCAUAAGAUACAACUACAAAUGUAG